AUGUACCUGGCAGUGGCCGCACUGCUGGUGGUCGUCGCCGCUGCACAGGGCGGCACAAAGCAGGAGUCUCCCUCGUUCUGCAAGGGCCUUGGCUGCCCCAAGUACACAGUGCUCAAAAAGAUCGGGGGCAACAUCGAGCUGCGCCGCUAUGAUCCCGGUACGUUCGCGGGCGUGCUGGGCGUGCUGGGCGUGCUGGGCGUGCUGGGCAUGCUGGGCGUGCUGGGCGUGCUGGGCGUGCUGGGCGUGCUGGGCGUGCUGGGCGUGCUGGGCGUGCUGGGCGGGGGGCUCACGCGAGCGUGGCCUGGAAACGCCGCCGUCAUUUUACAACGCUGCCGCAUCCACACCCCCACCCCUUACCCCUCAGCUACCUACGUCUCCACAAAGGCCCCCACUGGCACUGACACCGACGCGUCAGACUCCUUCCAGCGGCUGUUUUCGUACAUCUCAGGCAACAACAAGGCACAGCAGCAGAUCCAGAUGACUGUCCCCGUUAUCAACAAGGUUGAGGGCAGCAAUUUCACGGUCUCGUUUUUCGUCGAUUCCAAGGGCAAGGCCUCCCCCCCGCCAGCCCCCAAAGACAAGUCGGUGUUCACCGCCACCGCGCCCGCCAUCGAUGUCUACGUUCUCUCAUACGGCGGCUACAGCAACGUUUCCAUCGCGGCGGCCAAGCGUGACCAGCUGGUCAAGGCGCUCAAGGCGGCGAGCGAGCCGUUUGACUCGCGCACUUGGUAUUAUGGCGGCUACGACGCGCCGACAACAAAGACCGACAGACAUAACGAGGUCUGGAUCCCCAAAGCUGGCUCGUUCGCCGCCAGCCCGGGCGAGAAGGCGGCAGCGCCGGCAGCCAAGGCGCCGCCAGCGGCCAAGCCAGUGCCGGCGGGGCGCAGGCGCGUGUGA